UGAACGGCUCGCACGUAAACACGUACACGUACACAUACACAUAUAAAUGCAUGUAUUUAAAUGAAGUUAAACUUCUUAUCAUCAACAAACUCAGUGCAACAGUCAAAAUCCAGAGCCUCUGAAGCGCCGCAAUCCAGCCAAAAUCAGUCUGCCGAGUAUUGAACCAGCGAUACAACCUAUUCUGAUGAGUGCUUUUUAUCGCGGCGAAAACGACAUUUGACAGUCUAAAUAGCGAUUUCUUAGCGUGUGCAUGAAUGGCUGAACCUUAAACAGAAGCCAAUGAACACCGCCGCUCCAGCGUUCCAACAAUGGUAUUGUUAAAUAGUGGCGGUUUUUGAAUUUAGCAUAAAAAUGAAGCAAUGAAAAUUUACUAAAAUUAACUUGAAAUUAAUAAUCACAAAAUAAUUGAUGUUGUUGACAAAACAAGUGAAGUUUCAAAGAAUUUUGUGUUUAAACUAACUACAACAAAAGUUCCGCUACACAAUGCCGCUGCUGCUACCGACAAUUGAAGAGGAGGGCAAAAUAUCAUGGUUGCGUGUAUUUUACCGUUAUCGGUUGCAAUUCCAAGCAAUGGCUACAGCAUCAGCCAUUUCCUUCGCUGGUGGUAUGAAGUUGGCUUGGUCUGUAUUUGAGAAACCCACUUUUGAUUCACCAAAACUAGUCGUCGUUCACUUGCUGACCAUUGCGUGGUUUGUAGGCGUGGCUGCAGGAGCAAUCUUGGCAACAGGAUUUGUGGGACGAGUUACCAAAAAUGUCGCAAAUUACACAAGCGGAUUGAUGCUCCUGCUUGGUGGCUUGCUAUUCUGCUGUACACCCAACUCUUAUUUGGCUAUAUUGUCCAGCUGCCUGCUGGAGGGCUGCGCUUAUGGCAUCAAUCAAAUACAGAGCCUUGCGACAGCCGGUGAGGUGGCACACAAGGAUAUACGCGGCCUACUGGUUGCCAGCGAACGCAUCUUCCUGUGGCUUGGUGUCUCCUUUCAACUGCUAUGUACACGUUUAUGGUUCCUCAACGAACCCCCUAGUGGUUAUGUAAUGCACGUAAAUCAAUUACACGGUCUUUUGGUGAUCUUCAUAGCGCUGGGUGCGGUUGCCUUUAAUAUACUGCACCGCUUUGAAUCACCUAUCCACCUACAGCGGCAAGGCCGUGACUUGGCCGCCAAAUAUGUUAUGAAACAACUUCAGAAUGCUCGUUAUCCCAGUCUGGAGUUGGCACAAAACCACGGAGAAUGCAAACAAUUGCUGGUAUAUGAUGCGGGUCAAAGCAUCGGGUUGACAUUGCGCAAAUACAAUGUGCUGCCGCUGCUCAAACUCCUCCUACUGCGCUGUUACGGCACUAUUUCAUUAUCCCUGCCUGUCAAUCGCAUUUUCAUCACAGCGAGUAUGACGGGUUUGAACUGUAGCAUGAACUGUGUUUAUCUUUUGGCGCUUUGUGGUUUGCUUGGCAGCAUUUUGGGCGCCUUCUGUGUGGACAAAUACGGGCGACGGAGGAUCGCUGUCAUUAGCUUAUUGUUCUCGGGUACAUGUGUCUUCCUCAUGGGCGGCGUGCUGCAGUAUAUUUACGAAGAAAUCUCAGAGAUUCUCCUAACCCACCUGACUUUUGAGUUGGUCGUUUAUUUGAUGUGCUGUUAUCAGUUGUUCUCAUGCGCUGGCGUCUCGUUGAUUGCCAGCGUUUAUAUGUCAGAAGCGUUUACAACUGCCGCGAAACCCUUCUGCUUAUCGAUAUUGCUGGUUUGUGAACAGACUGUGCAAAUUAUGUUGGCUCUGUUAGUAUUCUAUGUAGACUUCAAUGAACCACAAUUCUUCUUUAUCAUGGGGGUAGUGGGUAUGCUUAUGGGCAUAAUAACGAUGUUUGCUAUGCCAGAGACUAUGAAUACAUCACUUUAUGAAAGUCUUCAAAAAUUCAAUGGAAUUCCUUAAUAGAGUUAAGCUUUAACCUUACCAAUGAAAUCGAAUUUAGUGAAUAUCUAUUAAUAUACUUAUUUGUAAGUAAUCAUUUAUUACUGUUAGUAGGUUAAGCAAUUAAAUCAUAUCGUAACUUAUUUGUUAGCAAUAAGCAAUAUUCAAGAACUAUACUUUUUGUUGUAAACUAAAUA